UACUGCUCAGGUAGACCCAGAUCUAGACCCAGACCUAGACCCAGAUCUAGACACAGAUCUAGAUUUUAAAAUGUCUUAUACAUUGUCGAUUUUCACUUUACUUCAGAACUGUUCAAGAAAGACGGGAUUGUUGGUCCUCUUGAAAACACCAAGCUAAAAGUCUUUCAGUCUGACAGUCACUCUUUGUACUGACUACCAAGCAUCCUGGUAAAGAUUUGGCUAAAGAACAUGUAAAUUGCAAAGUAGCUGGAUUCUUGAUCCCGUGGAAGAGAUGGGGAAAGGUGGACCUCAGCCCAAUUAUCAGGUCCGUCCAGGAGACCUUCAAUUUGAGGCUGCCAUAGUGGACAUUGAGGAUCCAGAGGUGUUCCCUUUCUUCCAGGAAGCUGGCAAUAUGGCUGACUACCUUGUCAACAACAAUGUUGCCUAUGACAACAAGGACAAAGACCGGGGCGAAGAGCCUGACCUAGAAGAUCCGGAGUGUUUGUUAGAGGGGCGUGGCGACUUGGCACUUCCUGGAUACGAUGACAACGUGAACAACAAUGCCGUUCUAAACUUCCUUCAAUGUGAGGUAAUCUGGUGGAUGCAGACGUCAGCGCGAAUCCGUGAGAGCGAGACGCCGGUCAAGUGUGACAGCACUGUCGAAUAUAGUAGUUUGCCCUUACCGGAAGUUGACCUGGCAGACGUCAACUGUAGUUUCAAUAACAGCAGCCUUCACCUUGGUGAUGAAGCAGGUGAAGCUCUGAAAGAAGACGCCGGGCUACCCAUUCAGGGAGCGUCCACACCGAACGCCACGGUUGUCCUAUACAACGUGAAUCAGAGUAUGGGUGGAGUCCUGGGGACUCAGUCAGAAAGAAACUCGCCCCUGCGGCCAAAUGGAGAGCGCCAGAGAAGUCGGCGCCCUCAGACGUGCGAGAGCACGAGAAGAAAAAAGUCCCGCGAAAGAAGCGCCAAAAGAAAACUUUCAGCCCUGAAGCGCGGGCAGGCGGCAGAAACAACGGUCAGCUCCUAUCAAGGCGAGGUCGGGCAUGCUGGAGUUCUUGUGUCGCGCCAUUCUGUGCUGCCAGAGUCCCGCCAUGACGCGGGGCACCAAGUGAACUUGCCCGUGGGCAGCGAAACUUUUGAGCACAUUCCAGGGUUCCACAGAUGUGAUUUUUUAAAAGUUGUUGCCGAUCUAACAGAAAGUGAGACGAGUGUUGAAAACUCCACCUGGUCAGAGGAGCUGUCUGUCUGCGAUGACCCAGAGCACACUACUGUCAGUGGCUUCAGCUCGACCUUGUGUAACGGUGACCCCCAGCCUGUUAGAUUAACCCCAGGAGGCGGGGCGAUGUUAACAGCGGUUGACAGCGGGAUGACCUUGCAUUCAGAACUGUGCCAGGCUGAAGAUCAAAGUCCAUCUACUCUAGAUCGUUCUGUGAAGUGUCAACCAGGUCACACAAGAAUGAACACAGAGUUCUGCAGGCCAACGACUGCUAGGCUAACUAGCCAAGAUUUUCAACUCUCUGCAACCGAAGUACAAAAGCCAUGUGGUCAACAUCUAGACGUACCAUCCAAAGAUUACACGAAGAGCGUAACUCUGCCAGAGAAUUUUGAAGGUACCGCCAGCUCAGAAUUUGACAUUGGGACAUUCUUCUUGAAUCACAACUCCCUUGAAGAUUUCGGAUUGCCUCCCUGUAACUUAGUUCUGGCUAGCGUUGCCCGGUCAAGAUCAGAGUUUCUGUUGAAAUCGCACGAGAAUGACAUUUUGACACUUAUUCUAACUGGACAGAACCGGGCUUCCUCUAGUAACAAUGCCCUGCCGCGAGUCAGCCGCUCAGAAUGUGGAUCUACAUUUUGUAGUUCAGGGCAGUACGCUGAAAUGAUUUCCAAAAGUCUUAAUGCCAAAGUAUCCACAGAGAUUUACAUGAUAUCAAAAAGCGCUCAGCCAUUUGCCAGCUUGGCUCUGAAAGACUUUGAAGACCAGAAACUUGCGUCGACAAGUCGCCUAAAACCUAAUAAACGAAAUUCAAACAUGCGCUCUGUCUUGCUUCGCGAGUCACUUGAAAACACGCGCUGUUCGACUCUUGUUGACGAUCAAUCCACGUGUAAUCAGGUAUCGUCCUGGUUUGAUCCGUAUUCUGCGAGUUAUCACCAGUCCUCCAAUGACCAGUUCAAAGGCGUAGAAACUCCCAAUUUAUCUCCAGAAGACGUUCAGAAAGGUCAACAAAAACCAAAUAUUCACCCUUCUGUCAAGGGAAAUCAUCUGCUCGACGAAGGUAUAGGGCUGGAAGAGAAGACAUCUCAACCAAUGUCUUAUAUUGAUGUUGCUUCAGCAAGUCUUCAAUGUGACCGCACAUGCCCACCAUCCACCAGUCUUGGGCUUAUCAACAUCAUCUCUGGAUCUAUGGAGACAAUCCAAGAAGAACCUCACACUUUACUCUCCCCUGAAUCAACAAAAGAUUUAAAAACAUCGGCUAUUAAUGUCGUAUCAAAAAGUCUGCAAUGCGAGCAAACGAUUCUGUCAUCGAUUGGUAAAAAGUACCAUCUUAGUGGAACAGGGCCCGAAACUAUUCAGGUUCAUAAUCAAACGUUACAUAAAUUGCAAGAAAAACGGGAAAAUUUAACCCGCAUUCAGAGUUCAAUGAACGCUUCUGAUGUUAAUGUCAGAUCUACGAGUUUACAAUGUGACCGUUCAAGACCUAUGUCGGAAUGUUGUCGAAGUAGAGGUCCCCUGAACGAGCUGAGUGAUACGUUACAAUGUUUGGUUAGUUUGCAAGAAGAAACUGAAGCCCAGUGCCCCACAAUGCCUUCUUUUAUGACCGCCACCAUGUCUGGUGUCAGUGUCAUAUCCAACAGCCAGCAAUGUGACCGAACGAGUGUCUAUUCACUGCCCAUGCCGCCUAGCUAUACAGAAAGUUUUUCCGAAACCAAAAGUUCCCCAAGCUCGCAAAGUUGUGCUAUGAUCUCGAUACCGAGUCAAUCCUAUCACCAGCCGGAAGACAAACACGCAUUUAAUAUGGAAGCCAGUUUCUCUCAACAGGCUGUGACUAAGAUGAUUGGUAUUCCUAAAAACUCAUGUUUGCUAAAUUCUACGAAAUUAUUAAACGAAUUUCUAAAAGAAAAGGAAGUUCAUUCAUCAAAAGACAAUUUUCCUCUGAAACAUUUUGAUGAAGAAAUGACAAUGACAGACCAAACUGCUAGAACGAGCUAUUCGAAGAGCUUAGAAAUAAAAAAGGGGAGCGCGAAAUCAAGUAAAGCUGAGACAUGCAAGGAUUCAAAGUUUGCAUCUAGCACGAAAUGUGUUCAAUCUUCGCAAAGACAUUUAGUAUCUGAUGGUGCCCAGUGUCAAAGCCAAGAUUUUUUGUCCAGAAUUUCUUGCGGCGCCCAGUGUCAGAGUCAAGAUUUUUCGUCCAGAAUUUCUUGCGGCGCCCAGUGUCAGAGUCAAGAUUUUUCGUCCAGAAUUUCUUGCGGCGCCCAGUGUCAGAGUCAAGCUAAUCUAUCCAGGCCAUCCCCAAGAAUCUUAGCAGCUGAUUUGAAUGAUGCCACGGAUCGCGCUCUCAAUACCAGCUACUCUGUUAGGUUUAAUUCAUUAAGUCUGACCGCUUCACGCAAAUCUGAGGUUAUUUCAAAUAUCAAGGCUGAAUCUACCGCAUCACCGUAUCGUAUAACAGCAGAUAAUCAAAAACCAUAUACGCUCAAGUCUAAGGACAAGAAUGGUGUGAUUGAAGGCUCUACUAGCGCAAGCCAUGGCGACCUUUCAGACGUUGUUGUUAGUCAGGCAUUUAGCCGAUCUUUAGUUUCCCCAAGAGAGAUGGCAUCUGAUGGCGUCCAGUGCCUCAGUCUGGACUUCUUACGAGGUGUACCCAAAGCGUCCGUCAGCAACCAGUGCGACAGUUUAUGUUUACAGCCAUCGUCCAGCUGGACACAUUUAGACCCCAAUCAUGCAGGUGACUGGAAGGAUACUGUCUCAGAGAUGGCCAUAUGGCAUAGCCACGAGCUACAGUCAUGGAAUGAUUUAAGUUGCAACACAUUGCAAGCAAUUACUUGCCCUGCAGAUAUUUGUAAAAGCGACGAACUGGAGUAUAUUGGUCAGGAAGGUUCUCAAUCAGUUAUGUCUAACGAUGAGUUAAGUCAUUCAUUAGUCUUAAAUAGUUGCAAGAUGCCAUGUCAUCCAGUUGUCAAAUCCGCUGUCACGCCCAAUACUUCAUGUCAGUCCCUGUUUUCUGUCAGCUCUAUGAGGCAGCCUGUAGUCUCUCCAACAGACGUUAGCCUCACUGACGCCAUGUCAUGCAAUGUUCCUCGAACGUCUGUCCCAUCUGACACAGCAGCGCAAUCACCUGAUCCGUCCGUCUCUCUUGGUAUUGAGCACCAUGCUAACAAGCCUGUACUCACAAGUCCAACACAUGAAGCGGUGCAGCAGCAGAUCAAUGACGUGACCGGAAGCAACUUUCUUUGCAUUCCACACCAGGUCAAGGAUUCCAGCACUGCAAGAACCCAGCCUAAUAUAUACAAGAAUGCUCCGAGUCAAAGCCAUGUCUCUAUCACUGCAUUGAAUCAAUCUCGUGAUCAGACAACUAGAGAAUCUCAGAUCCAAAUCUGUAAUUCAACAUUGACUCAUGCAGCUAUCUCUAAUACAGCAUUGGCUCAUGCAGCUAUCUCUAAUACAGCAUUGACUCAUGCAGCUAUCUCUAAUAAAGCAUCGACUCAUGCAGCAAUCUCUAAUACAUCAUUAACUCAACCAAAAUUCUUAAACAUUGCCUUAACACCUCGCAUCUCGACUGAGUCACUGACUCAGCCUAAUAUUUCAAUGACUUCACUGGUUAAGUCAAACGUCAAUGAAAAACAUUCGCAUCGCUUAAGUACGUUUUCUAGCGAGAAACAAUUGCCUGACUCUAUAAGUGAAGGUGUUAAGUCUAUCAACUCUUUUAGUAAUUGGUCUCAACGAUCAGAAUUAAUUCACGCUGUUGAAACUCUAGAUCAUAAUGCAUAUCAUUCUCAAAUGAACCAAUCGGAAAGUUCCAUAGAAGUCAGUCAGACCAAAGUCUCUGCAAACGAAAUGCACCAACAGAUUGCCUCUUGGUCUGAACCCAAGCCGUCUGAUGUAUGUAAAGAUCUCACCCAGAGUGAAGUACCAUCCGAAAAUGUUCCUCAACAGAAUACCUCUCUUAAAGAAAUGAAUGGAUCUGAACCAUGCUCUGUAAGUCACAUAAAAGACUUGUCAGUAGGUCAUACUCAAGCGAAUGUCCAGGAUAUUUCAGGACAAAGAUCUGAAACACUAAUUAAUGAAAUGGGUAACUCCAAAACUUCCCAAGUCUGUGCUGAACAACAAAACGUCUCUCGGGCUGAAUUAAAUGAAUCUAUUCAAAAAAGUCAAACCAAAAUCUCAUUGAUUAGUAUACAACAAAACGUCUCUUUCAGUGAAUCGUAUCAAUCGGCGUCACGUAGACCAAAAUGUAGUCAGAAUAAGGAGUCGUUAACUGAUAUUGAAGAAAACAAUGUCUCCCUUGCUGUAGCUGAUCAAUCUGAAACCUCUUCACUGCAGCCUCUUCUAUACAAAGCAUCACUAUUAGAUAAUCAAGAAAAUGUUUCUAAAUCUGAAAUGCAUCAAUCUAUCUCCGCGUCUAUUGAACAUCAAUCUAAAUCGUUACCAAUUGCUGCCAACCGACAGACCAUCUCUCUUUCUGAACCACAUCAAUCUGAUGAUUUUUCUGUCAAACUCGGUCCAACAAUAGCUUCACCAACAAAUGAGAACGGAGAGAAUUCCCAUCAUAGCGUGUCGCAUCGAUCCGACAAUUCUUGCGGGUCAUACAGUCAGGGCAAAUCCACAUAUGAUGGUACUCACCAACAGAAUAUUACUCAUGGUGAAUCGUAUGCACCUGAUGCGAAAUAUAAUGACCGCAGUCUGAUCAAAGAGUCAUCAGUCGCAAAGAGCCCACAAAGUAUCUCUAACACUGUUCUCUGUUCUGAUAACAUGAGUGAUAUCCAAUCCAAACUUAGCAUAGACAAUGACUUUGAGCUCAUGUGCCCUACCCUUCCAGUAAUGUCUAGUAAACCCAAUAAGAGCUCCCAAGUCAUCGCUUCCCUAAGUCAUCUACCAGAGAUAACUCCCAGACAUGUAACACAAGGCUCCUGUCAGUCCAAGGAAAAUGUGACUCUGCCGGAGCUGCUUCAGCAACAGACACCUAGCCAGCACCAAGAGCUAGAGUCUAGUCAUAGGAUCACCGCUAACGCUGUCUGGGAGAGAUACUUACAGGCGCAGAGAGAAAGAAUUAGGCAGAAGAGAAACGAGUUUUUUAGCGAUCGAUACAGAAAUCCUACCAUGGCGACAGGUUUAGAGCCUCAAAAUCGUUUCUUAGAUAACGACCGUGGUAAUGCUACGUUACUUGGCCCUCAAAGAAUAAGCGGAACAAAUUUUGGGGAAACAUCGAAUCAACUACACCGCGCCAGCCUCUCUCCCAUUAAAAAAGUGACAAAGCCAAACGUGUAUAGAAAGAAGAGAAGCAUAUUGAAAUCGAGUCUGACCCAGGUUCCAGAAGAGGAUACCUCUGCGUCUGAAAAACAACGAAAUGAUUCUGCUGACCAACUGAGCAGAUUUGAAAAACUUGUACAUCGUCGGAGGCGAAUGGUGACUUUUGAGACGCAAAACUCGAGUUCUACUGGCAACACUUGGGCAUUGCAGGAAGAGUUGACCCGUCCCUCAGACAGAGAACAUCAAAGAAUUUCAAAGUCUUCAGACUCUGUGGGGCAAACAAAAUCUCAUGUUGGAGAAACUUUAUACAGUCAGUUCUCUGAAGCCCCUGGAUUAACCAGUGAAUCUUCCAUGCAGCAAUGCAACACCCUAGAAGAUGUGGAAGCCCUGGCCUUGGAUGACUGGUCCUUGACCUCUGACCUCAUCAGCUCCAAAACCUGCCUGACCGAUGGGAGCGACCUAGAGGACGCGAUCGCCCAGGAGAUGUUGAGCCACGGAGACAGCUGCAGGAGGAAGGCGAGACAAGACGAAAUGCGCGCAGCCAAGCAGAACGCGGCUGAAACAGCAGACGACUUUAUAAAGUGUCAUUUUCUGCCCAUACAAGAGCCCAACGUUCUUGUGUAUAACGUCACUGACGGCAGAACUGACGAGAUUCAAGAUGGCGAUGAUCAGAGCAAGCAAGAACAUAAAGAAGAAGAAGUUCGGUUGGAACCCGAUGUUGACGCGGUGGAGGGCCCGACGGAAAAUAAAUCUAUGUAUCUCACAACCAACGACAUUGAAAUGAAAGUAACUGACACGAUAAAGUCCGAUACUGCACAAAGAGAAAUAAUCGAAUACUCUCCUGCAGCUACUAAAGGUAGUCUGAAGGAAUCGACUCCAGUAACAAAUAACGACACUCUAAGGGAGACAACCGAAUCAUCUCCAGCAGACGCAGACGACUCGCCAGGGACUUUUAUUGAGAUGGGCAAUCUCCCAAAGAAAGACGAGCCAUCCGCAGAAACAACCUCCAAUGACGAAUUCAAAUUCGGAGGUCAACUCAAAGAACCAAUGAAAUCAAAGAUCGUGUCUGACAGGAAAGAAGAUCAUUCGAUUACGUCCGUUACGGAUUCUGGAACGAAAGCCGCAGGAGACAAAAUGAAAAAAUCGAAACCGGGAAAAUCCGUGGAGCUCACGGAGAGCAGCGGACCUCCGAAUUACCGGGAUGCUGGGAACAGGACGCUGAGAGGCGGAUCGCUGAGCAGAAGGCGGACGGAGCUUAAGAAGCCACCGCCCAGGGUGAUCGCAGAGAGCCACUACUACCCCCAUAACAACACAGUCAACGUGAUCGUCAAGCCGAUCAACAUAUCAGUGGACAAACUGAAUGUCAAGGUUCAGUUCUGCAAGAAAAAGAGCGAAUUACCUCCCUUAAUGGAGACUCCUCUAAACACCAGAUUUGGCAGUUUCAGAAAAAGUUCUUCCAAAAGUUCUCCAUCAAGUAAAAGGCUUUUUGCUGUGACUACAUUACCUGGCCAGACAAUCCAAACAAACACUGCUCCAGGGUCAGCAUCCAAUGCUAUGAACAUUGUUCCAUUUUGGAAAACCAGAUGAAAUGCUUGGAAUAUCCUCAUGAAUAUCAAGCUUCAAAUCAAUGUACUACUGAUAGUAGUUGAGUCAAGGUACCCAACCUUCUCUGCUGAAGCUGCCAACUUCUGUUGCAACUUUUCUGUCAUGUCAAGAUGUAACUGACAUCUUAUGGAGAGGAUAAACUUCUGUUUCAUGUUUUGACUGUAAUCAUGAAAUGUACAAAUUAUCACUUGAGUACAUUGUAAAUUGUAAACAUUUAGAUUUAAAGCAUGUACACAUCACUUGCCUAUGUAAACAUUAGUUUUGUGACAUUUAUCAAGGAAUUCUGAAAUUCUCUAAAGAGCUUUCCAAUUUUGAAGUUCACUUAUAGGUCUGAUGUAAGGUCAUAUUACUACAAUCUAAAUUGAGUUCAGUGAAUUAUGGCAUGGACAAACUUAGUAGUACUUUCAGAAACAUUUCAAAAGGAAAACCUAGUAGCCCCAGUAUUGUAGAAGAUAUUAAGUGCAUCAAAAACUAAGUAAUUGACUUACAGGUCCAAGUUCACAUUACAUUUUUUUUAGAAGAAUGAAAUAUUACCUAUAUAAAAUGACAAAAUAUUUUUAAAAAUAUUUUACACAGAAAACUUUCUAAGAAAGCUGGAAGGUAUUUUUUUUCCUGAAAUGUUUGGACUAAAUGCCUUAUAAUGAAAGCAAUUUUUACAUUUAGAUUCAUAUAUAUGUAUAUACACCCACACAAAAUAAAUGAUUGUUAUAUAUAUAUAUAUAUAUACAUAUAUAUAACUUGCUAAUUAAAAAUAAGCAUCUUUAUGCAAUUAAACAUUUAAAUUGUUUUUCACCUUACUAAAACAAUGAAUUCUGAAUGUAAAAAUAAGCAAUGAUACACAAGUGAGUGUACUAGAGAUCAUUUCUUGCUUAGGUUGAAUCUUCUCUCUCUCCACUUCCACCACAAUUGAGUCUUUGAAAACAUGACACUACAUCAGCGGUUCUCAACCUUUUAAGUUCGGCGACCCCUUUUAACAAUCCCCCACUCUGCCGCGACCCCCCCUCCCCCCCCCCACACACACACACAUACAGCAAUAGAAGAGUAGACAAUAGCAAUCCAUAUUUUUGAUGGUCUUAGGCUACCCCUGGCAAAUGGUCAAUCGACCCCCAAAGGGGUCGCGACCCACAGGUUGAGAACCCCUGCACUACAUGGACUCAAUACAGCUAGUUAUGCCAUCCAUGUUUCCCCCAAAAGUUUGUGGGCUUUUUUUUCAGUUCAUGGCCUAAAAGUUUGGAACUCACUUCCUUUUGAGCUCUAGCAAAUCACCUACUUGACCACAUUCAAAAAGAAACUUAAAAGACCUAUCUGUUCAAAACUGACUUAGAUUAGUUUGCUAUUUAAAUUCUCACUUUUAUGCUUUUGUUGUAUUCUCAUGGAGCCUUGAGCCUACAUUAGUUUUGUUAACAUCAACAUAUAAAUACACAAUGCCCAAUGGAACAAAAAGAAACUCUUAUCGACAUGAUUGUAGUCAGUUUAAUCCAAAUAUAUGUACACAUCAUGCAAACUAAAAGAGAAAUAAAAAAUCAAAACUAGCAACAAAAUUCAUUAUUAAUCAAGUCUGCAGUAAAUGUAUAUUGACAAUAAAAAUCAAUGUCUUCAAAUGUCAUAAUAUUCUCCAGUGAACCAAAAAUUAUGCACACACACACAAAAAAACUUUCAAUAAAUUAUAAAAAAAAAAAAAAGAUAAAAAAAAUCAGAUUUAUUAAUAUCCAUCAUUAAAUAAACAUAUCCAGGUUUUGUUCAGGAAAAAACAAUACAUGUUUAUACUGCUGAAUAUUUUACUAUUUAAAAUAUUUUUUUUUAGCCUAUAUAUAGGUUAGGGUUGUUUUUAUUUUACAAGCUAACAAUCUCUGGCCCCUAUUGAUAACUAUAACUAUUAAUUUCCAUGUGAUAUAUUACUUUAUCUACUAACAUUGAACAGCCUAGCUACAUAGAGUAGUACUGUUAAAAGUCAGUCAGGGCACUUUUCAUAUUAAUUCUUCACCAACAUCAAACAUUUAAAAAAAAAAGUGACAGACUACAUUUCUAUUCAUCCACAUAAAAAAAAAAGUGAUACUCUUGUCACUUUGUAAACCUACUUAUUCAAGAUCUGAUCAAACCCAAUUUGAAACCAAAAAAAAUGUGAUUAAAUAAGAAACAUGGAUAUAGCAAAUAUGUUGAAAUUAGUAAGGAAACUCCUCAUUAGUGUAAUAUUGUCAUGGCACUGAUGGGAAAUGAAUAACCUUUCCAUUCCCCGAUCUCUUGAAAAGGCACAAGCAACUUUAAAAUAACUUCUCAUAACCUCUUUUUGAAAAAAACUUAUUCCAUAUUUGUAAAUUGACCCCCCUGACCCCUCUUGCAAUGGUUUAAUCCACAUCAAGGGAGAUAAUAUUCUACUGAAACAACAUAAGCAUUUUCAGUAGUAAGAGCAUAUCACUGAGAUAUAUAUUAAAAUAAAUAGGAACUGCCUGAAUUAUGACACUGCUCAUGGCUACAUGGCAAAAGAUUUACAUUGUGAAAUAUUAUAUGGCAAAAAAUUAAAAUGGCUAUAUGGCUGCAACCACAUUCUACAGUGGCUGCUCUAAAA